AUGUCUGAAGGAGACACAUGGUCAGAGCUUCAAGCUCAUAAAAAGAGGCAAGAUAGUUUGAGGGAAAGAAUACAGAGAAGGAAGAAAGGAAAACAAGGGAUUUUAUCUGCAGCAACUGAAGGUAUUUUUGUUAAAUAUGAAUUUGAAGUCUACAGUUUGAAACGUUUGAAAUAAUUAAACUCAAAUUAAGCCUCCAGCAUGUUGGUCCAGUUGCUGGCAUCUGAACCUUGGCUGUAUUAGCUGAUCCAUUUCUACCAUAGAUGGUCCUGCAAAGCCAGAUGACAAUAGUCCCACCACCUCCACAACAGACAGUUCAAGUGUGGUCAAAGAACCAGUGACAGAAACCAAGCCAGAACCUGCUCCAGCUGUAAAGAAAAGUAAUCCAUUGUUGGAGAAGUGGAUUUUAGAAUAUUUAUCAGACAAGAAUCUGUCCAUGCCUGUCGACUCAUUACAGUUGACAGUUGCUUGGUCCAAGGUAAAUAUGAGUGAAAAUCAGGAUCACUUUAGUUUGCAAUAAAACUGGCAUGCAGACCUUGUAUACAGAGCCUGAAAUAGCGUUCAAAAUUUGUCCAGAAAAAUGUCCGACCAAAAUGAAAUUUGAUCAGAAACUUUCAAACUUGGUCACAUAUUUUUUUGAUUCCAUUUUAAUUUCAUGGCUUCAUUGGGUAAAUGUCUGACGGUUAUUUCAGGCUCUGUGUAUAUUGAAAUUUGUGAUUGCUCUUGUGCACCUGCUUUUUGCCUUUGGUUAUUUCUACCAGGAAUGGAUCCAGCCAGGCGUGCACCGAGGAAAAAAUUGACUGGCAGAAAAUUUACCUGAUGUUUGUGAAAUUGCCCUGAUACAAAAAUUUGUUGUAUAUUUCCCAAAAUUAUUGUAGAUGGGGAUAUUGGGAUUUUUUGUUAUUUCAGAGAAAAUGAAAUAAAAUAAUUUUUACCUGUAGGUCAUUGAGUCAACAGACUCUGUGUCCCAUGAUGACGUUACUGGGCUUGUUGAAAAACUAGCUGUUCAGAAUUUUAUAAAGUAAGCUGAAAAUCAGAUUUUAUUGUCUUGAAUUUAAUAAAAAAUGUGUGUGCAUAAUCAGUCAUUCCAGAAAACAAGUCUCACAGAAAUGGGAUGUUACCCUCCUAAUCCCCCCUCCUCCUUUGGACAUCUUAGUGCAUUUAACUAUUAUCAGAAGUAGAUUUAAACCCCUCCCCCUUCAUAAUAGCACACAUUUCCUCCUUAUGGGGAGUGUGGUAGAUCUUUUCUGGAACGACCCAGGAAGGUCCAAAUUCCUAUUUUGAAUGUUUGAAAUUUAAACUGCAGAACUAAACCUGGACAAUGUUCGGAGGGGAAACCAUGUGUUCUUGUGACAGAAGUUGAUUACUCAAAGGUAUAUAUAGUUAUGAUUUGCAGCCACACUCACAGAAACAUUUGGUUACUCUUAUGCCAACAGAAUUGAUAUAUCAACCAUGCUGAUCUAGAUCAUGCUGGUUGCAUAAUUUGACCAUGCCCAUAAAAUAAUUUGACCAUAACCACAAAAUAAUUUGACCACACCCAUAAAAUAAUUUGACCAGACCUAUAAAAUAAUUUGACCACACCUAUAAAAUAAUUUGACCACACCUAUAAAAUAAUUUGACCACACCCAUCAAAUAAUUUGACCACACUCAUAAAAUAAUUUGACCACACCCAUAAAAUAAUUUGACCACACCUAUAAAAUAAUUUGACCAUGCCCAUCAAAUAAUUUGACCACACUCAUAAAAUAAUUUGACCACACCCAUAAAAUAAUUUGACCACACCUAUAAAAUAAUUUGUCCACACCCAUAAAAUAAUUUCACCACACCCAUAAAAUAAUUUCACCACACCCAUAAAAUAAUUUCACCACACCCAUAAAAUAAUUUGACUACACCUAUAAAAUAAUUUGACCACACCUAUAAAAUAAUUUCACCACACCCAUAAAAUAAUUUGACCACACCCAUAAAAUAAUUUGACCACACCUAUAAAAUAAUUUGACCACACCCAUAACAUAAUUUGACCACACCCAUAAAAUAAUUUCACCACACCUAUAAAAUAAUUUGACCACACCCAUAAAAUAAUUUGACCAUGCCCAUAAAAUAAUUUGACCACACCCAUAAAAUAAUUUGACCAUGCCCAUAAAAUAAUUUGUUCGUGUAUGGUUGGUUACUGUAUGACUAUGAAGCCCUCUAAUGCAAACAAGGUACAUGGAAAAGUGUCUGUACUUAGAUGUUAUGUUGUAUGAUUUUAGUUGGAGGCAAUUGUUGAAGAAUUAAAGGUUACUUCAGGUAUCUACAUUUCUCGUGUUCCUUUCCCCAGUCACAGCUAUGUUGUAAUUUUUGCAUGUUAUGUUGUCUGUACUGUGGUUUGUGUGAUUAUAGUACUCCAUGUAUAUUGUGACAAAUCAUUAAAAUUAAAUAAUUACAUUUCUUGCACAUGUACAUAAUGUAUUUUUUACUCAAUAUCUCAGCUUCUUCUCUUAAAUUCUAAAUUGUCACAGCGUCAUCGAGUCCUCAAGUGUCGAAAAAGAGAAAACGAGACAAGUAUGUUAAUACAUUCUCACAUGCCACAAUUCUCACUUUUUCCUCAAGAAUAAAGUUCUAAACCAUUUUGAACUUCUAACUGUAUUGUGUCACGUAUAGUGAACAAAUAUCUCUACUUUAUUGUCAGGACGAGGUCAAGGGAAAGUUCCAAAUCACGAGAUGCUUCUCCAGUCAGUAAACACAAGAAAAAAGCACACAAUGAUGAUAUUCAAUCAAUGCUCUCAACUAUGACAACCAUAGAAUCUGAGGUAAUUGCUCCAAUGGCCUCGUUUUCAUGUUUACUUGACUGUUUUUGCUUGACAGGCAUACAUGAAGGUGCAUUGUAUACAGUAUCCAGGGUCUGAAAUUUGCAGAAUCCUAAUAUCCACAGGAUACUAAAAUUUGGUUUUGGAUACCAAACUGUGGAUGACUUAUAUCCCAACUGGAUACUAAGAAAAUUUCAAGCAUUAGGAAAAUAUUAAGCACCUCUGACAGUCUCCUGAUAGCUCCUCAUAUUACUUGCAUUUUAGUGUAUUAAUGAAUUGUCUAGUUGUUGACUGUUGAAUCUCCUGUUGUUAUUGCAAUUUGUAACAGUGAGAAUUAUGGAAACUUAUUUGGAUGUGAUAGGGUAUAAUAAUUAUGGUAACCAGUAUCCAGAAGUGGGAUACUGGACUCUCAGGGGGAUAUUAAACUCCUGGUAUUCCAGUUGGAUACUGAGGAAAUAUUUAAAUUUCAGACCCUGCAGUAUCGCCAUGUUUUGUGCACAAAUAUGUUCCUCUCUGAUCUUGAUCUCAAUCCUAUCCUUCACCCUACUUUUCGCAAGUCAUGAGGAAAUAGGCACAUGAAAACGAGGCCAUUGGAGCAAGAGUGCAACAAACUGUACAGUCUAUUAGCAUAAAACUAUCACUAAAUAUAUUUCACAAACUUAUUUUCGGGUAAUUCAUGAGCAAAAUUGAUAAUGAAGUUAUCACUGCAUAAGUAAUUCUUGUUUUUAGACAAAGAAAGUUGGCGAAGAUAUCCUUGACUUACUGAAUAUUAAAUCUGCUAAGGUACUUUUAAAAUAUAUUUAAUAACUGUUAACAAUUGUUUUAUGGAAAAUGUCAUUUUUAUCUGUUUUUGCAAAGCUUUGCCUCUGAAUCCAUAAACCUGGAUCUUCAGUGCAAAUAAAGAUUUCAUACAAAACGAGUUGUUGUCUCAUAUUUCCAGGAACAGUUGAUAGUUGAGAAUUUUAAAAGUCAAGGUGGAGCUAAUGUUCAAGAAUUUUGUGAACAUGGAACUCGUGAAGAAUGCAAGAGGAACAGGAAUAGCGGAGAUGUUUGUAAAAAAGUAAGUUCAUUUAUUAAAAGAUACACCUUUAUUAAGCUUUGUUUCAAUGAAUACGUAUUCUAUGGACGUAAAUUUUCAAUAUUUUAUGGCAUAUUCUCACAUGUUUUGUCUGUUGUGUAGGUUCAUUUUCGGAAAAUUAUUCAGAAGCAUACAGACGGUAUGUAAACUAUAUUCCUCCACUUAUUUCUGUGAAUUCACUUGCAAUCACUGAGUGACAUGUUUUUAUCCUAUUUUAGAAUCUCUUGGUGAUUGUUCUUUCUUAAACACGUGUUUUCAUAUGGACACUUGCAAAGUAAGUUUCCUGCCCAAAAAUUAUUCUUUGUGGUAUAAACGUUGAGUUAGGAUAUAUUCAUGGGAAAAAUAUUCAUUUAUUUUUCAGUACGUGCAUUAUGAAGUCGACUAUACUGGUGUCACGAAAGAUAAAGACAAGAAAACGGACGACAAAGAUAAGGUGAGGGCGUGAGGCUCUUAUCUUAUUUUACGUAUUGUAGCUAAAAAUCUGUCUUCUUUUCCAUGUAGAGUGAGAUGACAAUGUCCACAGCAGGUGGAAAUAUCACGCUAAUACCACCACAGGUAAGAGCAGUUUUCCUAAUAUUGUUUAUUUAUCAAAACACGAAGGUUGACGGAGAAAGUUUACAAACUUCCCAAUGAAGGACCUUCGCUCGAAACGUCGAAGUUCUCCUUGUAUUUUUCAGGUAGUUGUAUCCCUAUCAAUCCCAAGCUUUCUGGUGUUGUAAGGUUCACCUACCUACUAGAGACCUUACGAUUUUAGGACGGCAACGCGACGACGACGGCCAAAACAAAGUUCAAAUAAAUGGUAGUAAAGAUAGUUCGUCGUAUAUUAUCAAUCGUAUGAAUUUAAUACAGUCUUAGAAGUUGAAGACAUGGGUUUGAUGGUUGGAAAGAGUUCUGCUGAACCCAGUUUGAAGUUGCACUUGUUGCAGCUUGAAAUACAACCGUUGUAUCAAGACGUGAAAAUCUGUGAUUUGGCGUUGUAAACAGAGCGAAGGACAAUGUCUAAAUUAUUCAUAUAUUGUAAUUAUUAUUCAAUUCGUAUUCAUUAUAUUAGUAGCCGUUGCCGUCCUAAAUCGUAAGGUCUCUAUUGUCACUAUCCUACGCUACCACGCUACCACAGACCGUUAAGGUUGACGGAACAUUUCAUUUCUAUUUCGCAGUGGAUUCAAUGUGAUCUGAGAUAUUUGGACUUCAGUGUUAUAGGAAAGUUUAGUGUUGUCAUGGCUGACCCACCUUGGGAUAUCCAUAUGGAGGUAAUGAUUUGGUUAGCCGCCCCUUGCUGCCUUGCAUGACGUCACAAAUAUAUCAAAAUAAUGUAAGUAAGUAAGUAAGUGAGGUGUGCUAAUCAUCCUUACUUGCAGCUGAGAGCUAAGCUGAAUUACGAGGGACGCAGCUCGACCUGAUCGGGUCGAAGGCUUUCUAAGGCGUCUAUGGCAGCCACUUUAUGACUAAUAUCUGAGGAAGAGGUUAUUUCGCUGGCCUCAGAGUGACAAAACGUAACAAAGCAACGGUUUUACUAACACUAACCCUAUUCCAGACACCAACCCUAACCAUAAUCCUAAUCCUAACUCUAACCUAACCCUACUCUAAUUUUUCCAAUAUCUGAUCACGGAACACAGCUACGCUGGAAGAGUCAGUUAGGGGGAUAAUCCCAACCCACCCUGUCAACGUUCACUGUGGGAGGAAACCGGAGCGCCCGGAGAAAACCCACGACUUUCGAUAGAGCGUCGACUCACUCUUUUCACAUAAAUGUCAUGCAUGAGUCCGUACCGAGAAUCAAACCCACGAUCUCAGAGGUGAAAGGCGCUUCCUCUGACGAUUGGGUGGGGAAUAGUACGAUCUCCAAAUCAAUGAAAAUACAAUGGAACACCCAAUGGAACACCCAAUGGAACGUCCAAUAGAACGUCUGUUUUUGUCUCUAGCUUCCUUAUGGUACUAUGUCAGAUGAUGAAAUGAGGAAACUUGCUGUUCCCAAACUCCAAGAUGAGGGAUAUAUCUUCCUGUGGGUCACCGGCAGGUACGAUGCUCCCAUUCUUAUUGACAGCCUUUCUUAGCUGUUAAGCCUGUUUCCUCUUCAUCGUACAUGUAAUGACUUCGACACUAAAGAAAAUGCCACGGUAGUUCACGAUAUGAUUGAACUGGAACACUGCAGAUGGUCUACCAUCUAAAGCCUGGUUUAUACUAUCAAUGUUUCUGUGAUCACAGUAGGAAUUUUGCAUGGGUAUAAAUUUUACGUUCCGAAGAAUUUGUAUAUAAGAAAUGUUUGAGAGAACUGUGUUUAAUACUGAGUCAAUUCCCACAAACAUUUCUCACAAAUCUUUCAAGACUUAUGCAAAAUCCCUACUGUGAUCAUAGAGACGUGGAUAGUGUGAACCAGGCUUAAUUCUAUUUUUAUGAGUUACUGUACUUGUUUAGAGCUAUGGAGCUUGGCAGAGAGUGUCUUAGGCUUUGGGGAUACGAUCAAUGUGAUGAAUUGAUUUGGGUAAAAACGAAUCAACUUCAACGUUUGAUACGAACAGGAAGAACUGGUCAUUGGCUCAACCACGGCAAAGAACAUUGUCUGGUAUGACGCUAAUUUCUCCUGCAUAGAUCUAGUGUACGAAAGGGAACUUUUUUAUACAGGGUAAAAGUUGUAUGUUGUUUCGUAUCUGGAAAUAAUGUCAUGUUUUGUUUUCUGCAGAUUGGUGUAAAAGGGAAAGCUAGCAAUAUGAACAAUGGUUUGGAUUGUGAUGUGCUUGUCGCUGAGGUAAAGUUACACAUGUAUAUAAUACGCGAAAUUUUAGUUUCAGCUGUAGUACGUGUACAAUCAUCUAUUUAGUAUUACAGUAUUACGCAUUCUCGUACCCAGAGCCCUUCUUACGCGCGUUCGACCGAGCGCGACGAGGGGCUCUGGCCAAAUCCAUAACCGGAUACCAUAAAAACAUGGUAAGAAAACAAUAUCCGGUAUUAGAAGUAUAUUUGGUCAGAGCCCCUCGUCGCGCUCGGUCGAACGCGCGUAAGAAACUAGGGCUCUGGGUAUGAGAAUGAGUAUUACGCAUAGGCCCAGAUCAGAGCCCAGAUCAAAUGAGAAUGAGAGUUGAGAAGCGAGAGUUCGCAUGAGAGUUUUCUCAACUCUCAUGCCCCGGUCAAAUGAGAACAAGAGUUGAAUGAGAGUUUGCAUGAGAGUUUUCUUAACUCUCUGCAUGGCCCGGUCAAAUAGAACAAAAGUUGAUGAGAGUUGAGUGGAUAUUACUGUGUAGCCAAAACUCUCAUCAAAAUUUGAACCAUCUCAAAGUUGACGAGAGUGCAUCAGAGUCAAGGAGAGUUAACGAUGAAACGCGAACGAGAGAUACAACUCUCAUCACCUCUCAUCCUCGUGACCAGAGCUUUAGAGUCAAUUGAUAUAUUUAGGUGAGAUCGACAAGUCACAAACCAGAUGAAAUUUAUGGCCUCAUUGAGCGACUCUCGCCGGGGACCAGGAAAAUUGGUAAGGAACAGUUUCUGAUGCACCAUUAAUGAUCUAUAGAAACCAUCAAAAGAUGGCGAACUAUGAAAGUAAACUAAUUUUUAUUGUCUUGCUUGAUCUAAAAUCUUGUCAGUGGGCAAUAAUCUUAUUUUGAUGUUUAGAGUUAUUUGGACGCCAACAUAACGUGCAACCAAACUGGUAAGAUUUAAUUUGAUAAGUUCUUUGUAGUUUUUCAUGGAGAUACAAAAAUAUAAGUUUUAGUAUAUUAUUGCAGUAAUAACUAGAAGGCACUUGGAUAGAGAUAAAUUAUACAAUGAGCUGAUUACGCAUUCUAUAUGUACCCUGCAUGGCAAAACAAGACAAACUUUCUCUAAUUUCUCAUACAAUUUUCAUCCAAAUUUAACCAAAAUGUAAUCGAUUUGUCGUUGGGCGAUGUCUACAGUCUACACACGUAAAAAUCUCACAACUUGUCAACAAGAUGUGUUUGCAACAGGCGUGGAGCAAGCUUGCCGACAUGUUGUAACAAUGCUGUUAUUUUAUCAAGUUGCUACAAGGUUGCCACUUACAACUUGUUGACAACUUGUUGAAUUGCAGGACGAUAACAAGUUGUUGGAACAACUUGUGACAAGUCUGUUGAGCUCAACAACCUUGUAGCACGUUGUCAACAAGCUGGGAACAAGCAUUGUGAACACAUCCUGUUGACAAGUUGUGACGUCAUUAUGCAUAAGGUCUGUUAAUGGACAGCACUGUCAGUUCUGAAUUGUUCUCGAAAAUAUUUUUCCAGGUUAACGCUUGGUAAUCAGUUGGAUGGCGUACGCCUGUUGGAACCGGAUGUGGUAGAAAGAUUUAAAGUGAAAUAUCCAAAUGGCAUAAAACAGCUGACGUCCUCCAAGUGAUGGCUUUGCAGGACUGCGGGUAACAGGUAGAGUGCUUCUCUGAAAUUAGCCCGCGAAAAUGUUGCAUGUCAACGUUUUAGCGGGCAAACUUUCGCUGAUGCGAUGCAGAGAAAGAUUAUUGCGACCGAAGAGACAUUACUUAGCGAGGUCAUCAAAUUGUUUUUGCUCAGUGUCAGAAAAUGGAACAAUACAGUUGCGCAUAGAUGAUACCAUCUCCGAUCGUGAUUGGAAACGGAGAUCUUUUAACUUUCGUAAUUCCAAGAAGAAAUUACGCAAUCACUUUUUAUUAGUAUAUUACUAUAGAUUUGGCACUAAAGUUGAGAAAUUUAAGGUCUGCGAUUGAUAGAUCCCAAGAGCGUGGUUUUUGCUUGAUGCGUUAAGGCUACACGGCUACAUUACACAACUUUUUCCUAAAACUGUCGCAUGCAACCUGCUUACAACUUGAGUUGUACUGUGUAAAUCAAACACACAACUUAGUUAUGUUGUCGUAGAUGAGUUGUGUGCCUGAUUUACACAGUACAACUUAAAUUGUAAGCAGGUGCAUGCGACAGUUUUAGGCAAAAGUUCUGCAGUGUAAGUCGGCCUUUGUAUUGUGCAACCUUAAUGAACAUAAAUGCCUGUUUCUCUUCAAAACGUUUCUCCACAACCUCCGCCAUGUGCUCUCGAGAAAGUCCUGGGAAUGAGGUUGGUUUUGCUACUGACAUUCUCCUGAGCUAAUCUCAUACCCAGAGCUGUUGUUGCUGAGCAAUAUAAAAAAUCCUUGGCAUGUAAAUGACAGCAAGUAUAUACAUGUAUGUUACAACAGUUUUUAAUUAAUUAAAAUAAAUUAAAAUAUUUACAGGAACAUGUUAAUUUGUUAAAUAGUUCAUGUCUAGAUCUUUCUUAGUAUCCUAAUGUACUAACAAAAUGUACUACAUAACAAAUAAGCUGCUUUUAACAAAUCUUGCUGAUGAUAAUUAAUAUAUGGUACAGUAUUCAUUGAUGUUUUGACAAAGGCUUAUUUACUUAGCCAUGUAUAUUGUGCUGCAAUUUUAAUUGUUCAUACAAGCCUUUGCCCAGAUAGCUGUAUAUAGUUGACUGGAGUGAUAUAUGAAACACCAAAAUUAAAGUCAAUGUAUUGCUCCAAGUUUUGUGAAUUUUACAUUUGUAUUACAUCAUACUUAAUAUUAUUAAAUUGAAUAUAUCAACUCCGAAUGCCAAAUUGAAAUCACAAAAAUUGCAGCAAAUAUUACUAGGCAAGUAAAUUACUAUAAAAGACAGGCCCACGCAAAAAUAAUAAAUCCCCAUCUGUCAUGCAUAGUGAUAAUUCAUUCUGACAAAAACCACGAUACUUGAUAAAAAACAUUUUUUUAAAAAUUCUCAUUUUGAAAUUAUAUUUCAUAAUUGUCCAUGUUGAUUCUUGUUUUGUCUCUCUCGUAACCUUGAACUCCGUCGUAAUGGCGUAUCAGACAUUUGUGUUCCCAUUGUUUCGUGAGAUUUCUUGCCAGUGUCAUCACUUCCGUAGACUAAUUCUCGUAUGAACGAAAACCGCACUAAGAAUAACUUCCAUAUUAGGAACCAACCUGAAUGAAACAUUUGAGUUUUGGUGGGUCAUUUAAAACUAUUUUAAUUGUAUAUUCACAGGCUGUUUUUAAACAUUUUGAAGUUUAAUUUAAGCCCCGGUCAAGCGAGGGUAAGCUGUUGAUGCACUGGACAAAUACGAACAAGAAUUGCAUGAGAGUUGACGAGACUCGACUGGACAUUAAGUAUGCAUGUAGCAAAAAGUCAAAUACAAGGCAGAGUUAUAACUUUCAUCCUUGUUUAACUGGCGUAGUGGGGUUUUAGUCCGCCUGGGAAACUUGGCCUCUUAUGUAGAGGGAAUUGCAAAUUAUACAAAUUUAUAGAAAGCCAAAAUGCCUCCUAGCUGAAUGGUAUUUGGAAAAUUUAUAGUCCUUGAAAUAAGUGCUUUAAAAUUUAUAGAUUCCUAAGACCUGCAUGGUGAGAACUUGUCAAAACCCGUCACACAUGAAUAAGUUAAUAAACUACACACAGCAGUUGUCCUUUAUUACUGUACAUGUAAAUAUGUCAACACUACAUAAUGAGAGCCAAUUUGUUUUUUAUUUUUACUGUACUGUCCUAACUGUCCCAUGAUUUCUGUGCAGAUUGUACAAAACAAACUGCGGUAAUUGACAAUUUAUUCACGUGAAAGCAAAAAUACUAUAUCACAAACAACACGCGUUCAUAAAAGCUAGCAACAAGACAAAUGCAUCCAACGGUCGAUUUUAUGCAACUAUGCCAACUACCUCAACUUACCGAACAGAAUAAGAAAAACAACGAUAAAUACAGCACCCACGACUGAAAACCCAGUCAAUAAUACUUCUUUAAAAUCGAUACUUUGAAGAUCGACCAUCAUGAAUAGCUCAAACAAAGGAUUGUUUUGCAAAAUUUUGUUGCUAUAUAUUCGCUGAUCGAUCGCAAAUUUGAAACAAACGAAGAUGGCGCGCUCGUGGACGUCACGAAUACAAACAACACGCGCGUUCGAACACGCGCGACUAAUGCCAACUUUCACUAUUUGCCUAAUAAGGAAUGUGACGUCAUCGGUAUAGAAGAUUGUAAUUUUCGCUAAUUUUGCACGCAGUGUUGGUUUACAAAAGAAGAAUUCGAAUUAUCCAAACUUAGGGAUGACUUCCAUCGUCAUCGAAAAUGUCUCGAGAUUUUUAGGGCAAAGUUCUAGAGCUAAAAGUAGUAUUGAGUUUAUCACGGGAUUGGGAUGAGUGUAUCUAAAAGUCGAGGGUCGAGAGUCGAGAGUAAAGCUCGAGAGUCGAGAGUAAAAGUCGAGAGUCGAGAGUAAAAGUCGAGAGUCGAGAGUAAAAGUCGAGAGUCGAGAGUAAAAAGUCGAGAGUCGAGAGUAAAAAGUCGAGAGUCGACAGCAAAAAGUCGAGAGUCGACAGCAAAAAGUCGAGAGUCGGCAGCAAAAGUAACCUGAUCAGGUUACAGCAAAAGUCGAGAGUCAACAAAAAUGUCAUCAGAAACAACAAAGUCAAAAUAUUUUUAACACAAUAUAUAGCAUUCCGUAACAACGGCUGAACUACAUUAUACUACAAACUUUCGCAUAAAUAUAGCCACAAUAACAGUCAAUAAUAAAAACGUGAACAAAAAAGACUGGAUACGAAACUAAUCAGUAUCAUGUGUGAUGAUUUCAUCUUGCUAAAUUUUUUAACAUGUCAUUUCAUCAAAUUUUGCUGCCUUUCAAUGUAGACACAGGCGGAAUUUUGACAGCCAGUUCCGGGCUUGUAACCUCGCUCACAGUAAAAACUACCGUCGCUUGCAACUAAGGAUGACUAGUCGCAGAUAAAAUAUUGUCUAUUCUCAUGAACAAAGUUCAAUGUUUUUACCGAGAAACUUCAAUGUUUGUGAUAUUGAUCAUUUGAUGGUUUCAAUGGAUGAUUCCACCUAUAGACUAAUUUUGAUCUAGGCAAGAAGAACAAAAUCCAUAUUUGGGCCGAAAGUGGUGCAUUUUCCCGCGCGUAAUAGAAAUUAGUACAAAAUUUGCAAAUUUCGAAGGGCUAUAUUUUCCGCAUUUUACAACAUUUUUUGCGGCCAAACUUUGUAAUUUUACUAAUUUUAACAUGCUCUUUCUAGCUAUGGUGAUGGAUUUCAUCCUUCUUGCCUAUAUCAAAAUUUGUCUAUAGCUGGAACUAUCCGGCAUUCUCGGUAUAAAAACAUUGAACUUUGUCAUGAGAAUAGACAAUGUCUUAUCUGCGACUGUUCAUCAUUAGUUGCAAACGACGGUUGUUACAAGCAAGGUUACAAGCGGCCCGGAGCUGGCCGGCUGUCGAAAUUCUGCUUAUGUGUCUACAUUGAAAGGCAGCAAAUGAGUUUGAUGAAAUGACAUGUUAAAAAAUUUAGAAAGACUUGAAAGCAUCAGAUGUGAUAUUUAGAUACAUUAUUAAUUUCGUAUCCGGUCUUUUUUGUUCACGUUUUUAUUAUUGACUGUUAUUGUAGCUAUAUUUAUGCGAAGUUCAGCCGUUGUUACAGAACGGCUCAGAUAUUUUAGUAAAAAUAUUUUGACUUUGUUGUUUCUGAUGACAUUUUUGUUGACUCUCGACUUUUGCUGUCGACUCUCGACUUUUUGCUGCCGACUCUCGACUUUUUGCUGUCGACUCUCGACUUUUUACUCUCGACUCUCGACUUUUUACUCUCGACUCUCGACUUUUACUCUCGACUCUCGACCUUUACUCUCGACUCUCGACCCUCGACUUUUAGAUACACUCGAUUGGGAUUAGGGUAGGAUGAAAGUAUUUAAACUGUGGUUGAUAACAUGAAACUUGAUUCAAAACCAUGGUAGUUUCUGUAAUAAAGAUGUUUACUUUUUAUUAACUAUUAAGAGAAAUCGUUACAUUGAGUUGUUACUAUACAAAAAUCUAUAAAAUCCUCAUUGUCCAACUAAAAUAUAAAAUAUGUUCUGCAAAACACCUAGUUAGUAGACUUGUUUGUGCUGUAACCUAAAUAUUUAAUGAUAAAAGUCAGAAAAUAAAUGUGUUCCAAAAAUCAUAGUCCUGAAAUCCGUUUUCGAUAAAUGCCUGCUUCGAAUGAAAUCAACGUCCACAAUUUGUGUCCAGAUAUCUUCCCAAUCUGUUGACAAAAUUAUGACAGUUGUUUCUAAGGAGGCGAUACCGGCCAUAUUUACGUUUGUAUGCUUUGGUCCAGUUCUGAGCAUCGCGUAAACGACAUUUACUCUCGCCUUUUCUUCCCCACGACCAUUUAAUCUUGCAGUCAUUCAAAGAGCGACCCAUGUAGUAGUUGUAAUUGAUGCCCCAUUCGAAGAUAACUCCACGGAACAGCAAGAGACUAUGACGAAGUCUCCAUGUAUUCUUCACGAUGGUGCGUUUACCCUUUUUUGCAUCCCAGAGGCUCAUGUCGCCGUAAAAAUAGUCGCUGGAUGUGGCUAGGGAAUAAUGAAAUGUAAAAUAAGUCUUCGUUCUCAAGUAGAGGGCAUUAUGGCGCAAAUGCGCACUGACCUAAGCCUACUAUUUUAGGUCGAAGGUGUAGAGUAUUACAUAAUAACUAUUAUAGCAAAGACAGAACCACUGAAGUGUGGCCUGCUCUGGUCGCUACUAAUGUAAUAAAGAAUUUGGAGGGUGGAGAUAGAAUUUCCUGAAAAGACAUGAAAAGCCGUGAAAUCAGUGAAAAUUGAUAGAAAUAAAAUUCUAUGAUAAAAUUAAUAAACAUACAAAUUGAAUUGCCCUGAGUUGGUUUGGGAUAAGAACAGUUCCUCCUACGACGUCGUCGCCACCACCAAGACUCCACAAACACACUCUGGAUUAGCACCAAAAGUACCAGAGCAACCACGACUGUUGAACGAACCAUCACUUAGAGUGCUUAAUUAAGAAAUUAGAACAAAAUUAGAAUGAAAUAUUAUCAAAAACAAAUUAAGAACAAUUAAUUAAAAUAUGUUUUGUCGAUCCAUUAUAGAUUACUCGUGACCAAUAUAUGUUUUACUUGUUUAGGUGUUUUAUACUAAUUGCUGAAGCCAAAGUAUAGUCGCUAAUUGGACCACAGUCAGACCGCUCAUAUUAAGCUUGAAAAUUCUUUUUUAGUGUAUUUAAUAUUAUCUUGUUUUUUCACCGCAGGGAAGUGGCUAGAAAGGUCCUUGUUAGGCAUUCCCCUUUUUUCUAGCGAUGUCGCAUUGUAUGCAUUAACAUGAUAUGAUCAGACUCAAAUUGUGGAAAAUUUUUCUAUUCUAAACUGCCCUUAAGUUAGAAUUUUACUAUAUAGUCUUACAGAACAAUGAAUGGCAUUAUAAAGUUUUUUACAUACUGUUUUAAUGUGUGUUUCCUUGAUAAUUUGACUGUUACAGACCAGUUGAAGUUCGCUGCACUGUUGUCCAAUAUGACUGGCUAAGCACAGAUUCAAAGUAUUUUAUAUCCUCGUAUUUUGAAAUGUAAAUUUCUCCAAACAUCCUGUUUAUUGUGUUGUAUAGAACUACCUUCAGCAACUCACUGGAACUUAUACAGACGAUAUUUGCAUAUUUCCCACGUUGUGGUCCAUAUAACAUUGCCCUGCCCUGGUUUGUGUCUGAACAAUUCGAAAUUCCGAAAGAGAUUAACAACAUACUUGAAUGUUUAGAACAAAGUCUCGUCUUGGUUAUAUAGCUGUGCUAUAUAAGAAGGUUAUCUACAAUUUCUAACUCUCCUAAUGGAUCGUCUUCCUUCGAAACGUUAAGAGUUUCUGAUUUUAUUCAGGUUAUUUUAUAGACACAAGCCCAUCAAUGUUGACGUACUAGUUAAAAUAUGAGCAGCUGAUUUUUAUGCUCAACAUGCAAGUCAGCUUAUCAUGCAUGCAUGCAGUCAUUCAUGAACAUAUUUCAGUCCGACAAUUCUAUACUACAAUCUACAUGCUGAGUCAAUACCUUAUAGAAUACACAAAUCUUUUAAUCCUGAAAAAUGUAGUGUUGUCAUUUAUAGUAGGCACACAUUUAUUAAGUACUACUGACUGACUGGCUACGACUUAGAGCUUGACGUGAAUGACAUUCUGCUUCAAUGUGUGUUUGUAGUUAAGAUUAGGGGUGGAAUAAUUCGAAAUAAUAAAAAGCGCUUGUUUGUUAUAUUGUGUUGUGUUAGUCUUGUUACUACAUGCAAAUUGACCAGCCAUAAGUUACUUAAUGGAAUAAUCACACGACUUAUGCAAUAAAAAGUGUUAUAUUUAAAUUAAUCACUACACUAUAUGCCAUUAGAGUUUCUGCUAAUGCAUGAGUAUACAGUAUUAAAAUUAUGUUGUACAAGACACCUAGUUUAUACAGUAUUUCCAGUCUUUAUGAACUUGUUUAUGCUGAAUCUAAUUAACAUGCAGUAACUUAUAAAAUUGAGAGAAAAUAAAUGUGUUCCAAAAAUCGUAGUCCUUAAAUGCGUUCCAAAACUCAUAGUCCUUAGUUCAUAGUCCGAGAAAGUCCAUUGUCAAAUCAACGUCCACAAUUUGUGGCCAGAUAUCUUCCCAACUUAUUGACAUAAUGAUGACAAUUGUUGCUAAAGAGUCCGUAUUUGCCAUAUCGACCUCUGUAUGCUCUGGUCCAUCUCUGAGCAUCGCUUAAAAGACAUCUGCUGUAGCCCUUUUUAGAGUACGACCAUUUAAUUUUGCAGUCACUCAAGGAGCGCCCCAUGUCGUAGGUUUUGACGCCGUUGCGUUCGAUGCCCCAUUCGAAAAUAAUGCCACGGAACUGUAACAAACUGUGACGCAGUCUCCACGUGUUACGAACGAUGGAACCACGUUUACCUUUCGAUUUACCCCAGAAACUGAGGCUCGUGGAACCGUAGUAAUAGCCACUGUACCUGUCUAGAGGACAAAAUAAGUUCGUUGUAAAUGGAGGUAAAUAUAGCGUUCUCUCACUAAUGAAUGCAUGGAAAUUUGUAAUACUUAUGUCACAGAAUAAAGAUCAAUAACAGAAGGUCCACUCAGCGGUGCAACGUGUCCUCAUUUUUUUAUGCAAAAAUAUGCAGUUUACUGGCCAGAAGGCGGAGCAGCCAGCCAGUACAGCGUGUUUAUUGGACAGAAAAUGUCUUUGACUGCCUAGAAAAAUGGCGGCCAACAUGCGUAAUGCGACAUGCGCGAGGACAGAAACUUCAAAGCUUCCGACGUAAGUGGCCCUUCUGUAUGGAUCUUUAUUCUGUGCUUAUGUGGUCUUAAUCUUAAUGAGCUCUUUGAUUGUCAGGUUUCAACUAUAAUUCAAGCAAAACUACAGCUGUAAAGGGCUACCACAAUCCCUUGGUCAACUAAAAUUUCCUGACCAAACAUUUGCUUGGUGCGUAGGGUGGGUUAGUAUAAUUUCAUUUGCAGACGUCCUUAUUGCUUCCAACCCUCGCUGCUAAACUGGAAUGUGCAGCCCAGUUCGACUAGGGGUGUAUUAGCAGUGUUUACACCUUGGCCAAGAUUUUGCUUCACUGAUUGGUUCGUUAAACAGCCAAUCAGUGUAAGCCACAUUAAGUCUAGGCUUGUUGAUGAUGACGAAGCUUUGUGUAUACAGGAUGAGUCCUCAGCAAGUACUGUUCCACCUGGAGGCAUUUGCAGUGUCACCAUGACCCAGUCUUUAGAGAGGGGGGUAAUGGGGUAUUUUCGUGCUCCGUAUUGGGGUAAUUUAAUUAUUCGUUCUUCGUUCAGUCAUCUUUUUAUUAAACGUUUUUCGAUCCCGACAUGGAUACCGUGUAUCGUGCUUUCGGUGUAUUCAAUAUCCGGUUAUUUCUCGUUUCUGGACAAUAUAUUCCAUUAAUUUUGUUUCUGGAUUUUAGCUAUGUUUUGAUUGGGGAACGCAGGUUUCAAAUUUUAUAAAUCAUGAACAUCGACGUAAUUGUAAACAAACAGGUGAACACACCGCCCAGUACAGACUGUUUAUAUAUUCACCUUUAAGACUUCUAAGUAUGGUUGUUGCUUACAUUUCAUGUUCCCUUUACAUUUCAGAUUCGUAAUAAAUUUGUUAUUUUACGUGCUUCAGGACUUCCUUCUUUUAUUUUUCAUGUUUCAAGAUUGCUGCAUAUUAUUUCUCGUGCUUCAGGAUUGGUACCCCCCCCCCCCUCUUUAGAGGUGCAGCCCCCCAAAAUAAAGUAACUAUGAAUAUGAGGCAAAGAUAGAAUUACAAACGUUUCCUAACUGGCCCUUAAUCCAAAAGGCAUUAACACUAUUCUAUGAAAACAAAAUUCUGUGGUAAAAUUGAAAAUAUAAAAUGACAAACCAGAUGCACGCCGUCGAAACCACCAAGACUCCACAAACACACUCUGGAUUAGCACCAAAAGUACCAGAGCAACCAGGAUUGUUGAACGAACCAUCACUUAGGAAAAUAAUUAUUUACGAAAAUAAUUAUUUAAUGCUUGUGAUGUUACCCCGAGUGUAUAUCCACACCGGGCAUGCUUGAAAAAUAUGCCUGACCACGGUGGAUAUACACGGUGGAUAUACACGGUGGAUAUACACGGUGGAUAUACACUCGGGGUAACAUCACAAGCAUCAUAUUCACCUGAGUACAUUACACCAACACAGAAAAAAUUAAUAAUUAUUUAGUUCUAUGAAAAUAUUUAGUUCUAAUUUUAUCAAAGGCAAAGAAAAAAAUUGUAACUGAUGCUGAGAAUUGGGGCUUGCCACUUGCAUACUGAGUCAGACCGCUCAUAUUGAAAAUGCUUUUUAUAGUAAUAUGCGGACAUAUAUAUUUUCGUUUUCUCGGUUUAAAGUCGAAGGAGAAGUCUAAGUUCUCUAAUAUCUUUUUCCUUGCGGAAAUGUUCUAUUAGUCCGUUCUAGUCUUGGCUGUUGCAGACCAGUUGCUUAUCGUGGCCCAAUUUGACUGGCUCACCACAGAUCCAAAACAUUUUGUGUCUUUGUGCUAUCGAAUGUAAAUUUUCUCCAAACGUCCUGUUUAUUGUUUUGUUAAGAACUAUACCUUCAGCAUCUUACAGAAAUUUAUGCAGUUUUACACACAAUUGCAUAUCUCGAAUGUGGGAGUCCAAUGUAAUUAUGAUAAACCCAGUAUACGAAUAUGGACAAAAACCAAGACGCUCAUAUAUGUACGUUCAUGGGGAAGCUGAAAGUUGAUAUAUUAACGCCUACGUUGCCGUAAGUUAGUUGUGUACUUGAUUUACACAGUGCAACUCAAGUUGUAACAUAGUUACGUAAUAGAAUAGAUGGCUGUGAAACUCAUCAGAAUAACAAUAUAACUCAUUAUCUAUGUUAGUCAACGUUUAUUCAUAAAUAUGGUCCUCACGUGUGUGUUAUAUUUUUGCCCAACUAACCAAUAGCAGUGUUUUAGGAAAGUUACCUAUCCGUGACUCGAACAAUAGCGAAAUUGAAAAUUGCUAUUCUCAGGGUUUAUUUUAACGUGCAGUUCUACACAAAAUGUGCAGUUCUAAACCCAUUUGUGCAGUUCUUAAAUCUCAAAUGUGCAGUCACCAAACUAACAAAAAUAGCCUUAAUUAAAACAGUCUUCUCAUUUACUCGUUACCCUUGUGGAUGCUCCAGAAAAUUCCAGAAAUGCUGUCAUUGAGCAUCAAAAAUAUAAACGUUUUCUGGGGGAGGACUCCAGACCCUCCUAUUUUCCUCACAAAUCACUUACGUGCUGGGGUAAUGGAAAAGAAGGAAAAAUUGGGACGAGCGAAGCUCCCCAAAAGAGAUUAGAGUGGGAGAAUCUAAUAUUCUUUGCUGUCUCAUAUGCAAAUUUAAGGUUGUUAUAUAUUGAAUAUUCAUGAUUCCCAGUUACAUGUUUUGAAACAGUUUUUGUGAGUGGUUGGGUAAAAGAAAUCUUUGCCAGAACUUAAGAGUCUCUAGAUUCAAAUUGUUUGGGGAUCACCUCCUAGCUCCCGCACCCAAAUCGAGUUUGUCUGGCCUUUCUCCAAUUCUCCCACCCAACCACACCAUUAUUCUGUCACCUAUUUGCAGGUAAAAAAUCCUUCGUCCCCCAGUCAAACACCCGUUGCCUUCGUAACAUCCCCAUAUGUGCAGUUCUAAAUUUUUCUUAAAGUAAACCCUGGCUAUUCUAACGAGUUUCCAAACCAUCUAUUCUAUUAACUAUGGUUCUAAGUAGGUACGUUGCAUAAAUCGGCUUUAAUGCUUCCAGGAAUCGAAGACAAUUAGAGAUAAUCUAAUUUGUGCGUAGGCGUGGCGUUAUGCGUGGGAGUGUGCGACACAAACUACGUCGAUGUGAAAGAGAUUAGAAAACAUGCUGGAAUUAAAGCAUUAAAGGAAUGCUUAGCGAAGGUUCCUGAGUGUAUAAAAAAAAGGAGACCUUUAGAAAUUAACCUUAUUAAUAUAAUUUGAAUGCUAUAAAUAGUUAAAUACUACGCUGAACACAAGAGCACAGACAAGAGUACGAAAACACAAUUGAAUUGAAUUUGUAAUUAACUGAAUAUAUUAAGAGGCAAUUUUUUUCAAUGUCACGUAUUUGCAAUGAAAAGUGUUCAAAACCUAAAAAUUUUUGGCGUUCCUCUCAAAAUUACUUUGUUUUAGUUUUAUUCUCUAGUUUAUGCAGUUAGCUACCUUUUUAAAUGCAUCUGUUGGUUGAGAAACAUAAAAUAAUAGUAAAAAAUUGUCAAUGAAAAUACAAUUAUCAAUAAUGCUUUAAAAUUGACGCCAUAUUUACAGCCAUACAAGCACAACUUACUGAACUUCAGACAUCAUUUACUCUUUGGCGUAUCAUCUAAAAUCUCUUCAUUUUAGCAUUGUUUUACAGAUAAAGCACUAAACAUACUUUUUAAGUUUGUUUGCCGAUUGAGAAACGUAUCGAAAAAUAAAAAUUUUGAAUUUAGUCAUAACCUCGAGUGAUUAUUAUACGCAUUAGUUUUGAGCGUGUGUUACGUAACGUAAAAAAAACUCUUAAUUUCUAAAGGUCUCCUUUUCUAUGAACACCCUGCAGUUCCCUGCAGUUGUGUCUCUAAACUCAAACUCUUCUUAUUAGGAAAGUCUUCGUUGGAAACGUUGAGGCUUUUUUCAAGUUGUUCAGACACAAACCACGAAUGUUUACAUAACUCAUAAGUUGAGCCUUUCUUCAUGCUCAACAAGUGAGCUUAUCAGCCACUGUCUAUACUACAUGCUGAAUCAAAAUACAAAAACUUUUGUGCUAAUAAUCCUGAUAAGGUGAUCAACGAAAAAUGUAGUUUUAUCGUUUAUAGUAUUGGCACAACUAAAGGGGCCAUAAAAUCUGACAUAAAAUCUGAAUAAUCGAAUGACAGGAUGUGACGAGCUAUUUGGCUUAUUUGGUUUUGUUUUGCAACAAAUUUGGCCAGCUCUUUUCCAGACUCCUAAAGCAACUCCUGAGUCCUGAACUUUGAACUUUGAACGAUUACGUAACAUUUUAUAAAGGUUUUUACAAAAGAACACUGAAUCUAGAUUUCUUAUUUUUACCGCUUUUAAAAUGAGUAUUUCAGUUCAUUCUACGUACGAAAUUGAAGAAACAAAAAGCACCAGCCGUUUAAAAACUUUUCUGAAUGGAAAAUUGCUGCCUUUUUUAUUUAAACAAUUUAUGACAUUAGGAAUUCUAAUGGCGUUAUUUAUUGGGUUCGUAUUUCCCAGAUUGGGUACUUGGGUUAGUAGCUUCGAAGGAUCGACUUAUAUUUGUAUUAUUAUGAUCUUUUUACAUUCUGGUGUAAAACUAAAGAUGGCUGCUAUGAAAGAUGUCAUUAAGGAAUACAAAGGCUUCACUUGGGGCCUAAUUAGUAUUGUAUUAAUUACUACCUUAAUUGGCACCAAAUUAACCCAGCUACUUCCAUUUGGGGAAAGUGUAGCAAAUUGUGAACAUGGUGGUGAAAAUGGGACUUCAGGCACAUGUGAUAGUAUCGUCGGGCCGAGGGAAUUUCUACUUGGAUUAGAAUUCUAUUAUAUAUCUCCUUGUGCUGUAGCAGCUGGUGUUGUUUUGGUAAGUUUAAUAUACAAAUAUGAGAAUGGGCUGUAACCAGCAUCUAUUGUCCCAGGCAACCAAACCAACCAGGUUAGCGAGUGCUUAUAUGGGAAAAUCCUGGCUGCCUGGAUCUUGCCUGUUUCAAGUGAGAUCUUGGCAACCAGACAAGCCCUGGCAGUGAAUUUAUAAAUGGGAAAAUUUUCAUCUGGACUGCCAAGAUCUUGCCUGUUUAAAGGCCAUAUACUAGUAAAAGCAGAGCAGUUUCUAUUGUAAAAAUAAUGACAUGGCAAGAUCUAAGCAAAAUCCUGCCUCUGUGAAUGCUAUGUCACUGCAUAUUACAGGCAUGUUUUGAGGAUAACCUAAUUCUUGUAUUUUGGUUCUUCAAAUUUUUAGACCUCUUUAUCAGGUGGUGAUGUAACCCUCGCACUGUUGCUGACCGUGACGACCAAUAUCCUUGGUGUGGUUACUGUACCACUGUUAGCAACAUGGCUUGUGUCUGUGAAAGACGUUAAAAUCAACACUGUCUCGUUACUUAUUAAACUGACUACUACAGUGCUUAUUCCACUCAUAGUAAGUUAUAUUUUUAUCUUCUUGCAUUAUUUUAUAAUGAACAUUUAUUCACAUUAGGUAUGUAAGCUGCAAUGCGCCCAAAUAUCUCGCACAAUUGUCUUUGUUAUAUGAAGACUAUAUGCCAAUGUUUCAUGUUAAUUAAUUGACCCAUUAAUGCAUAAGACUUUUCCCUUGGCAAAUAGAAUUGUCUGGCAUUAGACAAAGUAAAAUAAUAAAGUCAGGUGCAAUUGGGCACUUGACUUACUUUGUGAUGUUAACUGAAUAUCAUACAGUCUUAAUCCUGAUACCAAAUAAUUACCCAUCGUGGGUUAACUUCCAUUUUUUCAUUUUUGCUUCAGGUUGGAAAGUUGUUAACACGUAUAAAUGCUGUGAAAGAAUUUGUCCAUGACCACACAAAAACUUUAAAAAUGUUAAGCAUAGCAUUUCUAGUUUGCAUACCAUGGAUGAAAAUUAGCAAAGCCAAGGUAGCUGGGUCAUUCGGAGCAGUAUCGAUUCUCAACCUUUUCAUUGUGUUCUUAUGGGGUCUUGCACUACAUAUUGUUAUGCUUAUAAUUAAUUACAUUGGAGCUUGUUUGAUCCGGGUUAACUUGGCAGUACGGAAAACUUUGGUUAUCCUAGCAAGCACCAAGACUCUGGCAAUAACUUUGUCGGUGAUAACCUUUUUGCCCCCAGAGAUUGGGGAUGCGGGACUCAUGAGUCUGCCGCUAAUUGUCAUGCAUUUGGCUUUACUUUUAAUUGACUCCGCAUGGGUUGUUCGGUGGAAUACUAAUCAGGGCAAAGAAUUAGGUGAGGCUAACGAGAUUGGUGAUGAUGAUGUCAGUUUAACAAAGCAAGUUGUUAGCAAUGGUUUUCAAUUUCAUGACACCAGUGUAAAUCAUGUAACGACAGUGUAA